CCCUUUCCGGCCGCGCGCGCCGCCUGGCUGGAGCUCGGAGCCGCCGCCGCCCCGUGAGGAGCCGCCGCCGCCGCCAUCAUGCCGGUGUACUUCCAGCGGCCCGAGAACGCCCUGAAGCGGGCGAACGAAUUUCUUGAGGUUGGGAAAAAGCAGCCUGCCCUUGAUGUUCUCUAUGAUGUUAUGAAAAGUAAGAAACACCGAACAUGGCAGAAAAUCCACGAGCCAAUUAUGCUGAAGUACCUGGAACUCUGCGUGGAUCUCCGCAAGAGUCACCUGGCAAAAGAAGGAUUGUACCAGUACAAGAAUAUUUGCCAGCAGGUUAACAUCAAAUCUUUGGAGGAUGUUGUUCGAGCCUAUUUAAAAUUAGCUGAAGAAAAAACAGAAGCAGCUAAGGAAGAAUCCCAGCAGAUGGUACUGGACAUAGAAGACUUGGAUAACAUUCAGACUCCAGAAAGUGUUCUUUUGAGUGCUGUAAGUGGAGAAGACACUCAGGAUCGUACUGACCGCCUGCUUUUGACACCCUGGGUUAAAUUUCUAUGGGAAUCCUAUAGACAGUGUUUGGAUCUUCUCCGAAAUAAUUCUCGAGUAGAACGCCUGUACCAUGACAUUGCACAGCAAGCUUUCAAGUUCUGCCUGCAGUACACGCGGAAAGCGGAGUUCCGCAAGCUCUGCGAUAACCUGCGGAUGCACCUGGGGCAGAUCCAGCGGCACCACAACCAAAGCACAGCCAUCAACCUCAACAAUCCUGACAGCCAGUCCAUGCACCUGGAGACCAGGCUGGUGCAGCUGGACAGUGCUAUCAGCAUGGAGCUGUGGCAGGAAGCUUUCAAAGCAGUGGAAGAUAUUCAUGGACUGUUUGCACUGUCUAAGAAACCACCCAAACCACAGCUGAUGGCAAAUUACUAUCACAAAGUUUCAACUGUCUUCUGGAAAUCAGGAAAUGCUCUUUUUCAUGCAUCCACCCUUCACCGUCUUUAUCACUUAUCAAGAGAAAUGCGAAAGAAUCUCACACAAGAGGAGAUGCAGAGGAUGUCCACUCGAGUCCUUUUGGCCACCCUGUCCAUUCCCAUAACUCCAGAGAGAACUGACAUUGCUCGUCUCCUGGAUAUGGAUGGAAUCAUCGUGGAGAAACAGCGGCGCCUGGCCACGCUGCUGGGGCUGCAGGCCCCCCCUACCCGGGCCAGCCUCAUCAAUGACAUGGUCAGGUUCAACGUAGUGCAAUAUGUUGUCCCAGAAGUGAAAGAACUUUACAAUUGGCUUGAAGUAGACUUUCACCCGCUCAAGUUGAGUGCCCGUGUCAGCAAGGUUCUGAACUGGGUGAAGGACCAAGCUGAAAAGGAACCUGAAUUGCAGCUGUACAUUCCUCACCUGCAAAACAACACCAUCCUUCGCCUUCUGCAGCAGGUGGCCCAGAUUUAUCAAAGCAUUGAGUUUGCUCGUCUGUGUACCUUGGUUCCUUUUGUGGAUGCUUUCCAGCUGGAGCGCUGUAUUGUGGAUGCAGCCAGGCAUUGUGACUUACAAGUUCGCCUUGAUCACACGACCCGGACACUGAGUUUUGGUUCAGAUUUGAAUUACUGUACUAGAGAGGAUGCUCCACUGGGCCCUCAGCUGCAGAGCAUGCCUUCUGAGCAGAUCAGAAACCAGCUGACUGCCAUGUCCUCAGCUCUGGCUAAGGCUCUUGCAGUCAUUAAGCCUCCUCACUUAAUGCAAGAGAAGGAAGAACAACAUCAGCUGGCAGUCACUGCCUUCCUGAAAAAUUCCAGGAAGGAGCAUCAGCGUAUCCUUGCACGCCGUCAAACCAUAGAGGAGAGAAAGGAGCGCCUGGAAAGUCUGAACAUCCAGCGUGAAAAGGAAGAGCUGGAGCAACGGGAAGCAGAACUGCAAAAAGUCCGGAAAGCUGAGGAAGAGAGGCUGCGCCAGGAGGCAAAGGAGAGGGAGAAGGAGCGCAUCCUGCAGGAGCAUGAGCAGAUCAAAAAGAAAACUGUUCGGGAGCGCUUGGAGCAGAUUAAGAAGACUGAACUGGGAGCCAAAGCAUUUAAAGAUAUUGAUAUUGAGGAUCUUGAGGAAUUGGAUCCUGACUUUAUUAUGGCUAAACAAGUGGAACAGCUGGAAAAAGAAAAGAAGGAACUGCAGGAACGACUGAAGAAUCAGGAGAAAAAGAUUGACUAUUUUGAAAGAGCAAAACGCUUGGAAGAAAUUCCUCUGAUAAAGACUGCCUAUGAGGAGCAAAGAGUGCAUGAUAUGGAGCUAUGGGAGCAACAGGAAGAAGAAAGGAUCACCACCCUGCAGCUGGAGCGUGAGAAAGCCCUUGAGCACAAGAGCAGACUCUCCAGGAUGUUGGAGGAUAGAGAUUUAUUUGAAGCCAGGCUCAAAGCAUCACGGCGAACAGUUUAUGAGGAUAAACUCAAGCAGUUCCAGGAGCGGUUGGCAGAGGAGAGGCGGAACCGUCUGGAGGAGCGCAAGAAGCAGCGCAAAGAGGAGAGACGCAUCACUUACUACAGGGAGAAGGAGGAAGAGGAGCAAAGGCUACGGGAGGAGCAGCUGCUCAAAGAGCGUGAGGAGAAAGAGCGCAUCGAGCGCGAGAAACGCGAGCAGGAGCAGCGAGAGUACCAGGAGCGAGUCAAGAAACUGGAGGAGCUGGAGAAGAAAAAACGUCAAAGAGAAAUGGAGAUAGAGGAAAGAGAGCGCCGUCGAGAAGAAGAAAGGAGAGGUCUGGAUGACCCAUUUUCAAGGAAGGAAUCUCGUUGGGGUGACAGGGAGUCUGAAAGCUCCUGGAGAAGAGGUGGUGAGCCGGAAUCUGAGUGGCGUCGAGCACCAGUGGAGAGAGACUGGCGUCGAGGAGAUCCCAGAGAUGAUGAAAGACCUUUCCGACGAGGGGACGAUCUGCCUCGGCGAGGGGAUGAUCUGCCCCGGCGUGGUCCUGCAGAUGAAAAGGAGCGUCCUCUGGAAUCAGCAGAGGACAGGCCACCUCGACGGGAAGGGGAUGAGGACAGGCCUCCAAGGCGAGAAGGGGAAGAGGACAGGCCCCCCAGACGUGGAUUGGAUGAGGACAGGCCGCCCCGGCGUGGUUUGGAUGAUGACAGAGGGAGCUGGCGAGCUGCAGAUGACGACAGGCCUCCCAGACGUGCCCUGGAUGACGACAGGCCCCCCAGACGUGCCCUGGAUGACGACAGGCCUCCCAGACGUGCCCUGGAUGACGACAGGCCCCCCAGACGUGCCCUGGAUGACGACAGGCCUCCCAGACGUGCCCUGGAUGACGACAGGCCUCCCAGACGUGCCCUGGAUGACGACAGACCACCCAGACGUGCCCUGGAUGAUGACAGGCCCCCCCGGCGCGGCUUGGACGAUGACAGAGGCAGCUGGCGCGCGGCAGAUGACGACAGAGGGCCCCGGCGUGGGCUGGAUGAUGACCGGCCACCCCGCCGGGUUCUGGAUGAGGACAGGCCCCCCAGGCGUGGGCUGGAUGACGACAGGGGCAGCUGGCGGGCUGCAGAUGACGACAGGGGGCCUCGGCGCGGGCUGGAUGAUGACAGAGGGCCUCGGCGUGGGCUGGAUGACGACAGGAUGGCCCGGCGGGAUGACGACAGGGGACCCUGGCGGAAUGCGGACGAUGACAGGCUCUCCAGAAGAGAUGAUGACAGAGGCCCGUGGCGUGGGGGUGAAGACUCAAGGCCAGGUCCUUGGAGACCCUUUGGUAAACCAGGGGGGUGGAGAGAACGAGAGAAGGCUCGUGAGGACAGCUGGGGCCCUCCCCGAGACUCCAGACCUUCAGGAGACCGUGAAUGGGAUCGAGACAAAGAUCGGGAUGAAAAUGAGAAGGAGCGGGAAUUUGACAGGGAGAGAGAUUUUGAUCGAGAUGAUCGUUUCAGGCGUCCCAGGGAUGACGGCGGUUGGAGGAGAGGGCCAGCUGAGGAAACUUCCAGCUGGAGGGAUUCAAGUCGUCGUGAGGAGUGGGACAGAGGUGGUCGUGACAUGAGAGACCGACGUGGCGAUGACAGGGAGCCGCCCCUCAGGAGAGGGCCACCCCUCCGAUCCGAGCGGGAAGAGCCGAGCUCGUGGCGACGCGCUGACGACAGGAGGGAAGAGCGCGGGGAGGAACGGGAACCGGUGCGGCGGUCAGCCCCUGCUCCUGCUGCUCCUCCAGCUUCUGCUCCCCCAGCAGCAUCCAAAGAGCGGGAAAGGGAUGGGGAGAAGGAGAAAGGAUCCUGGAAAACAGAGAAGGAGCGUGAGCCCGUACGCCGCACUAAAAACGAGACAGAUGAGGAAGGGUGGACCACUGUACGACGUUAAGUGGGAAUCGCAGAGUUUAACCAAUGUUUUAGCUUUGAUUUGAUCGAAUCCACAGAUUAUAUUUGUGCUUAUAAACAUUCUGAAUUGGAAUUCUUUAACCAAUGUUUUGAGGUAACAUGAAAGCAUGAAUUACUUACUCAUAUAGAUUGAUCAUGCACAAAACUCACAGCAGAAGGUUGGAAAUUGAAUGCCAGUUUCUGAAAUUUCAAAUGAUGCUUAUUUCAUGGGUCAUUUGUUGCUAAAAUAAAAAGAAGCAAGCGCAACAGCUGUCUUCAGUACAGCUUCUCUCUUGCACCAAAACAGGCUGCCCUUUUUAUUUUUAGUCUUUCUUAGUUUGGAAUGGGGUAUUAUUGUCACAGGACAUGAAUUUGAAAACGCCUCUGUUCACACAGUGGAAUUAUUGAAAAAGCAGAGCUAAAAGAAUUUGCAUAAUUAGCCAAAAAAAUAGAAAAGCCCUCUUUUACAUAGGUAUCUUGGAGGGCAAGUGGUUUCUGAGAUACUUUAUCACUAUCUAAAUUCAGUAAGUUAUUUAAAUUUGAAUUGAAUACAAUAAACAUUGUGAAUUAGCUACACUGGGAUAUUUUCUGUAGAUUUACUUGAAUCCAUAAUGCCUCUGAGGCCACUUUGCAGUCAUUGUUCCAGUAAUGUACACACUGCUGCAGUGUUCAAAUCAAACUUGCAGCUUUUACAAUUUCAGUGUUUUGGUAAGCAUAUGGCUAUGUACUUUCUGUUGCCAAUAUCAUAACUGCUUUUUCCAUUACUGGAUAAUUCAUGCCUUUCAAGGAUUUAUAAAUAUUGUCAUAUUUAAAAUGUGUGGUUUUGGAGAAAUUGUUCUAUUUCCCCCUCCAAUUCUUUGUCUUCAGGGUCAAUUCUUUCCCUUUCCAAAAAAGUGAUCUGUAGUAAUGGCUGUGUUGACUUCAAAGCUGGGGUGCAGUAACAACGAGGAAUAAUCUGGUCACACUGAAGCCAACACAGAACUUGCUGCUGUGUGUUUCUUCAAUGAUAAAUAAACAACUUAAGGAAUUA